AUGACCUUAUUCAAGAAUGGUCGUUCUUAUACAAAAUACUCUGCGGAAGAUACCUCAUGUAAAAACUUGGGUCCUACUGAUUCAACAUGUAAUGACACCUGGAUUGAACAGAUCGAUCAUCCAAUAGCACCCAAUGCUUCGGUUGUAGAUCCAUAUGCCACAGGCGUAUCAAGUAAACCCAAAAAAAAUCGACCAUAUCAAAAACAUAGACAGUCGAGCAGUAAGCAUGAUGGUAAUGCUCGACCUCGACUACAGCAAUCAUCUUCAUACUCGGACCAAGGCGCACAGCUGCCAAACAACCGAGCUCCACCACCAUCAAUGCUUCCACUUGACAACAAAACAUUUACUGUUACUCAAUCCAUUGUUAUUGAUGGAGAUGCAAUGGAUUUGGCUGAGAAUCGACAAAUCUCGAGAAUCGAUCCAGCACUACCUGUGGUUUCGUCGAUAGCUAUUGUUUUAUGCACGAAAAAAUUGGCAUAUAAGCAAUCUGUACAAACACUAUCACUGAUAUCCAAAGAUGGAUCAUCCAAGAGCGCUUUAAAAAUCAUACUUGCUCGAAAUGCACCACUACCAGCUGAACAUUCAUCCCAACUAUAG